AUGACUAAGAAGGAAGAUGCUCAUCGAUACCAGGCUGGCAACUCCACAGACAGAGCCAUAGAUCAAUGGAAGCACCGAGAGCCAUACCGUGUGCAUAACAAGGCGGAGGACUUCGAUUCUCCAUUCCAAUGGGCAGCUAUAUUCCACAAGGGCGAUAUCAACUUCACCCACGGCCACCAUGACCUUGGGUGGUAUGACCCAACGAACAAGGACACAUCCCAUCAUCUACCUUGCAAGGUGUCGUGUGCCUUCUGUCGCUCACCGAUCAUGGAUGAAGGGCGGAACAUGAUUCUGCUGUUCCCGCCAUUGAUCAAGAACAUCAAUUCCAAGGAGGCAAGGGAAGCGUUCAAACCCACCUGCCAUAUGUUCUAUCCGCAGCGAGUGGCUGAGUUCCGCGGCGAUGGGAUUGUCAAAUGGCAAGGCCUCGAUAACCAGAGUGAUUUGGUCGACGAUGAUGGAAAUGUCCUGGUCAAGUUCGAGGAGGGCAUGAAGGAUAAAGAUAUGGAUCAGAAGAAGCGGAAGCAUCUCGAGCUUACUGAGGAUGAUGAAGUUGAGGGUGUCAAGACGGGGAAGAAUGGGUCAAAGUGA